AUGAAUAGUGUGGUUAGGGAUUUUUUGUUCUGGGUUUUCUGCAUCAUUCUAUACAUUGUAUAUCUGUGUUGGACUUUUAUUCCGGAUUCAAUACUGCAUAUAGCUACUCAUUUACUUAGACAUUGGUCAUUAGUGAUACCUGCGCUGGGAGUUGUAUUGUAUAAUUCCCUGUCCAAUUACUACUACAUAACAUCCAAAAUGCACAACGUCAGCAUAGACUCCAUUAACAAUAUAAAAGACAAGUACUCGAAAUACGCCGAUAAAGGACCAAGCAUUAAUGAGAAUCGAAUGGUGGAUAUACCUGUCACUGCAAUAUCAAGACAAUUGUAUGGUUAA